CAUAAAAGAUGGCGUGGCAUGGCAUGGCAUGGCAUCAUUCUAGACAUUGUAUAAGACACAGAGAUGUAGAGAGAUGGAAAAGUGAAAUGAAGAGAGAGAAAAUGAUAUGGCUAUUACUGUUAGGCUUGUUCUUGGUAUGCGCCGGUAUGAGCCUUGUCUUCUCCGUCUAUCUUUGUCUUCUUUGGUUAGCCACAAUUCGGAACCCACCGCCGAGCGCGCCGGUGACCGAGGCCGGCGCAGCCAAGGCAGGGAUGAGGGGGAUCUCGGCGGUGGAACUGGAGGAGUUGGCGGAGGCGAAGGACGGUGGGGGACUUGUAGGUGGGUCGGAGUGUGCGGUGUGUCUGGAAGACAUUGAGGCCGGGCAACGCGCGCGGGUGCUGCGGAGUUGUCGACACUCGUUUCAUGUUGGUUGUGCUGAUGCUUGGCUCUUGGCUCACCCUCAUUGCCCUCUUUGUAGAACUACUUUAAUCCCUCCUCCUCCACCUUCUUCAUAGUUUUUUAAU